AUGUAUGGAGACUUAGCUAAUAAAUUGGUAUUAGAGGCCAAAAGAACGAAACAACUGUACACAAGAAAUAAUCAAGAUGUUAAUCUACCCAUGUAUCAUGAAGAUAUAGUGCGAAAUAUCCUGAAGGAAAUUUCAAAUUUGCGUAAAAAUACGGAAUACCUAAAGGAACAACAACAACUGGGAAUGCUGGAUAAUAAGGUAGCGAAAUGUCAAUAUUUUGUCACUUUAUUAUGUAUGGAACGGAACAAGAGAUGUCUCUUAGCAUACCAAAAAUUAAGAACCGAUAUACUGGGUUCUAUGGCUUGGAAUAAUAAUAGUGUAGACUUGAUGAGUAAUAUUGCUGUUAGUCAACAGGAUGCAAACGAUCUUUCUCACCAAGAACAGGAGUAUUUGAAAGAAUACUCGGAUUUAAUCACGGACCUGAAAAGUGGUGAUCUGGCCGAUAUCGAUUUAUCUGGCUCUUUGGUGCCUCCAAGCGAUGUUUUCAUCGAUGUCAGAGUGCUGAAAGACGCUGGUGAGAUUCAAACUGAGUAUGGUGUGUUUAAUCUCAUUAAAGAUUCUCAAUUUUUUGUAAGGCAGUCUGAUGUAGAGCGGCUGAUUCAGCAAGGUUACUUACAAAAGAUAUAA